UUUCACAGUUAUCUUUAAAAGCAAAGAAUUUGUAAUCAAAUAAUGACCAGCCCGCUGAUACACACGGACAAAGAGGAGCCUGGGUCGCUAGCAGACGAAAGUUCCAUAAUAAAGCAAAGGAUUAGUGCCAGUGAUACGGAAGCAAAGGAUAGACCGACGGUACCGUGCGAAAAGCCUAAUUUGAAAAUGAAAGAUGGCAUGUCAGAGGAUAAGACAAGAAGAAAAUCGGAAAUCUUGCUUCUUUGUUUGAUCUUUCUGGUGUCGUUCCUAGUACGCUCUUAUAAAAUAGAAAAGGGCAAUUUCGUAGUUUGGGACGAGGCCCACUUUGGAAAGUUUGCAUCGAAGUAUUUGCAGCGACUUUUCUAUUUUGAUGUUCAUCCGCCCCUGGGAAAGAUGUUGACAGCACUGAGCGGGUACCUGUUUGGGCAAGACGUAAAUUUCAAAUUCGACUCUGGUUCAAGCUACCCGGCACAGAUGGACUACGUGGGUAUGCGACGGUUUCACGCGUUCAUUUCCUCAUUUGUUCCUCUGUUUUCAUAUCUGACGCUGCGCGAAAUGUCUUACGAUGUUCAUUGUUGCACUGUGAUCGCAUUUAUGAUAAUCUUUGAGAAUUCGUUGGUUUGCAUUUCGCGGUUGAUCUUGCUCGAUUCGCACCUUUUAUUCUUCACCUCCAUGGUGGUGUACGCCCUCGCCAAGUACAUGCGAAGACGAACAACCGCAAAUCUCAUGCUUUUGGGCACUGCCCUUGGAUGUGUCCAGAGCGUGAAAUGGAUCGGCUGCUUUACGACUUUUCUUGUGGGCCUAUUUAUCAUUGCCGAGCUGUGGCUUCUUCUGAUACAAAAAAAUGUAGCGUUCACGCAGUUUAUCCGUGUAUUUGCCGAACGAGCGUUGUACCUGAUUGCGCUUCCCAUAAUCAUUUACCUGUUCUUUUUUUUCGUUCAUUUCAGGAUUGUAAACCGUUCGAGUCCCGAUGAUGGUCACAUGUCAUCUUUUUUCCAGAGCACCCUGAAAGGCAAUGAACACAGGUUCAGGAAAUACGUGGAGUACGGAACUGUCGUGACAAUCAAGUCCACCAAGCUUAGCGGCCAAUACUUGCACUCGCACAAAGACCAAUAUCCCGAGAGCGAGGGCAGCCAAAUGACAACGUACGGACACAAAGACGAGAAUAACUACUGGGCGUUCCAGAAAGUUGUUGAUGGCGACGUAAAGGCCGAGAUGGUCAAAGACAACGACGAGGUGGUUGUGAUGCACAUGAACACCCUUCGUUAUCUCAAUCUGGUAAACAAAAAGGCAUAUGUCUCCAAGGAUGAUAAGCUUUUGUCCACAUCUCCUAACACCGAACUCUUCAGAACCAAUCUGUUUAAGGUAGAAGUGGCAGACGAUCUAAUCAAGAAGGAGGAUAGGAUCAAAACACUGACCACCAGGUUUCGACUGAAGAGCGUUGAUGAGGAGUGCUAUCUGCGAUCUACAAAUAAGCGGUAUCCACAAUGGGGGUUCAGACAGGGAGAAGUGACAUGUUCGUAUAAAAAGGACAGCUCGACCCUCUGGAAUAUCGAAAUGAACAACAAGGUAAAGAGCGAGGACUUGGAAUACAAAGAGCUGAGAAACUUAAAGUCUGCGGUAUUUCACAACAUUGUCGAGCAUAACGCCUUGAUGUAUGUAACGAACAAAUCCUUCGUGCAGGACGAUGACCUAGAGCCGAUACGAAUCGUUUCGCAGGCCUAUGAGUGGCCCAUUCUGAGGCGGGGCCUGAGAAUGUGUGGUUGGAGCAAUGAGAACAUCAAAUUUUACAUGUUUGGGAAUCCGUUCUCGUGGUAUCUCUCGCUUAUAUGCGUGCUAAUUGCGCCCACAGUUUUGUUGUGCAGGACGCUCAGACAAAUACGAAAUAAGGAGCGUAUAAACAUGCAAAAUCUGAUUUUUUGCUGUUUAUUCUGCGGCGGAUGGGCUAUUCAUUUUCUGCCGUUCUUUUUUAUCGGCCGGGUACUCUACUUCCACCACUACUUACCGGCUCUGUACUUCUCCAUGCACAGCAUUCUUAUAUUCGUUAGAAAACCGAAAUUGCUUUACGCAAUUCUUUUUCUACAGAUCGUUGUCUUCUGCCUGUAUUCACCAUUCACUUACGGAUUCUACGACCAGAAUGCGGUGCGUUGGCUCAAAAUAUUGCCAACUUGGGAUUUUGUGGAUGAUAUAGAAAGUUAAAAACGUUCAAUAAAUGCCUUUGUUCAUGUUACGAGGAAGAAACGUGUGUAAAGAGGUUAAUGUGAGCGGUAGCUGUAUCUGCGCGCUUCUCUGAACGGAGUUGUCUCAACUAAACAUUUAUUAGGAAGACACAACGAACGUAACUGUAUCUCUUAUGCUUGGCAUCUCCUCAGAU